UCGCUUGCCACGCCCAUAGAUAACCCAAGAACAACAAAGCAAGAUGGAUUCCUUUCAAGAAGUUACUCCUGAGCUGAUACAGGAAUUGCACAAAAGCUACAAAGAGGAACCCAAAUAUGAAGUGGCAAGGAACUCUGCCGUUAAACAAGGGCUACUGGACAGCAUGAUAGACCAUGAUAAGCUUAAGGGACGCGUUCAUGUCUACAAUUGUGGAGUAAUGGAAGAAGGGAAGCCAGUUACGAACCAAAGGUCCUCCGGGAGGUGCUGGUUGUUUGCUUUCCUCAACGCUGUGAGGAUCCCUUUCAUCAAGAAGUUUGAUCUCUUUGAUUUUGAGUUCAGUCAGGCUUACCUCUUCUUCUGGGACAAGAUAGAGCGAACCAACUACCUCCUUGAGGUCUUCAUACAAACCAGACGUGAGCCUCUAGAGGAGCGUCUCAUGGGGUUUCUUCUCACUGAACCUUACAAUGAUGGUGGGCAGUGGGACAUGAUUGUCAACCUUGUCAAAAAGUACGGUUUGGUACCCAAAGUGUACUACCCCGAGACCCAUAGCUCAGAGGCUAGUCGUAAUUUGAACAAGAUAAUUUCUAACAAGCUUCGCGAGUAUUGUUGCAGAUUGCGAGGUAUGACUGAAGCUACUGAUGAAGAGCUAAGGAAAGAGAAGCUGUCCAUGUUGAAAGAGACCUAUAGGAUCUGUGUCAUAGCUCUUGGUGUCCCGCCCACUACCUUUGAUUGGGAAUACAAGUCCAAGCAAGGACACUACUAUAAGUACUAUCCUAAUCUAACUCCAAAAUCCUUUUACGAAGAUUACGUGAAGCAAGUUUUUGAUGUUGAGUCUAAGAUUUGUCUUAUCAAUGAUCCAAGACCAGCUCAUGAUUUCCAUCGCCUCUACACUGUGCAGUAUCUUGGUAACAUGAAGGAAGGAUACCCAGUGAGGUACGUUAAUCUGAGCAGUGAUGAUCUCAAGAAGUACGCCAUUGCUUCUCUUAGAGACAAAGAGCCUGUAUGGUUUGGUUGUGAUGUUGGUGCCCAUUUGCAAAGGAAGAGUGGUCUCAAUGACCUUGAAGUAUAUGAUACCAUGCUUCAUUUGGGAGUCUCCAUACUUGGAAUGACUAAAGCACAGAGGCUCCAGUAUGGAGAGUCACUCAUGACUCAUGCCAUGCUCAUCACUGCAGUACAACUGAAGGACCAGUCUGCCUCACAAGUAGGCACUGUUCCUGUACGCUGGAGAGUAGAGAACUCCUGGGGUACUGACUGUGGCCAGUAUGGAUACCUCAUGGCAACCGAUGAUUGGUUCACUGAGUACGUCUAUGAAAUAGUCGUUGAUAAGAAAUAUGUUCCCCAAGAGAUUGUUGAUGUAUUGAAGCAAGAGGCAGUAGUCCUUCCUCCGUGGGAUCCAAUGGGGGCUCUCGCCUCCAACUAGACGUUUAUAGUGCUACUAGUAUUGUUUUUAGUAACUUAUUUUAUAGACUGGAAUCUUUCUUUGUAUUGUGUAGGUUGAUUUUUAUUUUCUUAUCAAAGUUUACCUUAACCGUGUGCGUGUACUAGUACAUUAUGUUCAUUCUGGCUGUCCUGUUUAUUUCUCAAUUUUGAGUUAUAUACUUUUUGGAAUCUAAAA